CACUCGUGACGGCACUCGCUUGCAUCAUUACUCAUAAAAAUUCGAUAUUUUUCAGAAAAGUCAAAGAUGCCCGAUAUCAUCAAGAUCGCUGGUGAUCACAUACUCAUAUAUGAAGCUUAUUACAAACAGCUUGACCCGAAGGAGGCGAAUGAAAUCGGAGCACUCGAUGCGGCCAAAUUUCUCAAAAAAUCCGGACUAAGCGACGUUGUCCUCAGUCGGGUAUGGGACCUGUCAGAUCCGAAUGGCCGUGGUUUCCUCAACAAAGAAGGCUUCUUCGUUGCACUGAAACUGAUUGGGCUGGCCCAGGAAGGCUCGGACAUAAAUAUGAAGAACAUCUUCAAAGAGCUUCAAAAGCCACCCAAAGUGGGAGAUCUUCCAAAGGUACCGGCACAGAUUAAACUUGUUUCCACAGAAAACACAGACUGGUCAAUGAAACCCGAGAAGAGACAACAGUAUGAACAAUUGUUCGAAUCGCUCGGUCCGAUGAGUGGAUUGCUACCGGGAGCAAAAGUGCGUACCACUUUGAUGAAUUCGAAACUACCAGUAGACACGCUUGGUCGCAUUUGGGAUUUGGCCGAUCAGGACCGUGAUGGAAGUCUCGAUAAACACGAAUUUUGCGUCGCCAUGCAUCUAGUUUACGAAGCACUGGAUAAACGUGCAAUCCCUGCAGUUCUACCACCUCAGCUUCAACGUAACGCUCCAGCAGCCAUCGCUAACGACAACAGCUUCGACGCUUUCGGCAAUGGUGAUGGUGGUUUCGUAGCAAACUUUCCAACUGACAUCGCUCCACCUCCACCAGUGGUUCCACCCCUUCCGAUCAUAAACCGUGCUGCUCCACCGGUUAUUCCGCCGGCUCCGCUUAUACCACUCAUUCCAACCGGAGUCGAUGCCACUGUCACGAGUAACGCGUGGGUCGUGACAACGCUGGAACGCUGUCGUUAUGAGGAAAUUUUCAACAAAAGUGACAUGGAUCGAGAUGGGCUCGUUUCCGGUCACGAAAUUAAAGAGGUCUUUAUCCAGUCCGGCCUACCACAGAACGUGCUCGCCCACAUCUGGGCCCUUUGCGAUAGCAAUCAGUCGGGAAAGCUGCGGCUGGAGGAAUUCUGUCUGGCAAUGUGGUUCGUAGAACGAGCCAAAAAAGGAAUUGAUCCGCCACAGGCGUUGGCGCCAAAUAUGAUUCCUCCCAGUUUGAGGAAGAACUCGAUGAUUGCUCCGCCGGAGUCAAAACCGACUUAUAGUAACCCAGAACUAGAAAUGAUUUCAAAAGAGAUUGAAGAACUAGCGAAAGAGAGACGUUUGUUGGAGCAAGAAGUUGCUCAGAAGGAAGCGGACGUUCGAAUAAAGGGCGGAGAAAUGAGAAGCUUACAGAGUGAGUUGGACACUCUAACAGCCACAUUGAAGCAAUUGGAGAAUCAAAAAGGUGAAGCACAGAAACGUCUCGACGAUCUCAAAAAUCAGAAAGUUGAUGUAGAUACUGCAAUUGCUAGUGCCAGAGUGCAGGUAAAUAAAAUUCGAGAACAAUGCCAGAAGCAGGAAGCAACGCUGAAGGAGCAGGAAGGUGAACUGGAUUCGCGUCGAUCUGAAUUGCAGAAGUUGAAAGAUGAAGAACAGGCGCUGGAGAAGGAGUAUAACUCCACAACAAAAGACGUAGAUCGGCUAACGUCUCAACUUCAGGACACCCAGCUCGAGAUUAGCCAGGUCAAAGCAAUGGUUACUCAGAUUCAGGAGUACCAACGACAAAUGACCGAUGCACUGGCUAUGUUCCGCAACGCGAUUGAUGCCAAUGAUCCUAUUCUAGUGUCGGAUUAUUCAUUGAAGAUUGAGCCCGAAUUCAGAAGUGCCAAACAGGCACUCGAAGAGAAAGAGGUGGAAAAUGCAAACAAGCGGGAUCCAUUCGGCGAUAACAAAGCAAACGGAUUCAGUGCGACGGAUGGCGAAACUGGUUUUGGGGAUGAUUUCAAAACAAAUGGAUUCACCGCACAGUUUGACACGAGCAACGGAUUCCAGAGCUCCGGUUUCGACGAUGGCUUUGGUACUGCGUUCGAUAAUACCAAAACAAGAGAUCCGUUUGCUUCGUCCGCUGCUUCAGUGGCCGAUCCGUUUGCCGCUGAUAGUAAACCACCUGCUGCAAAUACUUCCAAAGACGAGUUUGGUUGUGAUCCGUUUGCCAUACUACACGCACCAACCUCUACUAGUCAGGUGCUCACCCCAAGCCCUAGCAAAUCGGCAGCACCACCUCGACCGGAAUCCCCAAGCCCUGCGUUGCCCCCUAAGAAGGCAAAACAACCUCCACCUCGUCCAGCCCCGCCUAGACCUCUCCAGGGUCCCACGCCGACGAAACCGUUACCAUCAUCGGACGCAUUUGGCGAUAGCAGCGGAGGCAGUUUCGCCAACUUUGCUGACUUCGACAAUAAGAACCUGAAACCUGCCGCUCCAUCACCACUGAAUACAUCCUCCAUUUUUGCGUCACCCGUUGUACUUUCUCCAUCGCCUGUGGCAGGCCGGACAACCUCAACCACUCCUCUGCCGGUGUUUUUGGGUGUUGGCACCACCACAAACACCAAUUUUCCAAACAUUAGUGUGUCAUCUUCACCAGUGUCGAUAUCAUCCGGUGCAGAACAGACAAAAACAGUCGCCGCAGUCACCACGAAAGCUGUCGAUUUCUUCGACGAUCCGUUCAAAGACUACCGUUAUGAGGAUCCGUUUAACAUAACGGAUCCAUUCGCCGAUGAGGAAGAAUCAGGCCCGGCCGGUUCUGAAGACCCAUUCUCCUCUGAUUCAAAUACACUGAGCAGCAACCGAGUCACCAGUUCGGGGAAGGAUACGACCGGGAUAGCAAGCAGCAGCCACUUGGAUGACCUGUUCGGUGAUGCAAUGAACAACAAUUUCACCUUUAGCACAAGCACCAGCAGUAGCACUACCACCGGCACGAAGCCUUCCGUUGCCGACCCGUUCGAUGCUUUCAAUGACAAUUUUAGCAGGAACACUACCAAACCCAAGAACCAUACCAAUCAGGAAUUGCUUUUCAGUGCUUUUGGGGCGACCGAUAGUUCGACCAGUGAGACGGAAGAUGCGUUUUACGGCGGAACGAUGGCUAAAUCUAGCCCAUUCGAGGAUGAAUUCUCUCGCGUCGAUGAUGAAUUUGCGAAAAUGGAUUUUUCGAACAACAACAACAAUGCGGUUUCGAAUGAUUUUGCGAAUUUCGAUGCGUUCUACAGUGAUAGUAAAGAACAGACAAAAGACAACAUAUCUUCCGCCAACAAAUCGAUACUGACAAGAAAGAACGCUGUGAAACGAACUAAAUCAGAAAAAAAUAUUGCUUCGCCUUUACCAGCUAAAUUUUCGGAGGAUUACUCGAAAGACGAUUCGUUCGAUGAAGAUCUGAAGGCGGUCCUAAAGAGAUCGCAACGUGAGAAGUAGACUAUCUAAGAUUUUUUUUUCGGAAAGAGAUUCGCUUUCAUACUGUUCGCUAGUUGAAAAAUCAGUGGGGAAGUGCCUGAGAAAAAAUAUUUUAUAACUUAACUGAAUAUAACCAAACAUUCCCCAAGAGAGGAGUGUAGUUCCUUCCGAGCGAAGUAUUUGCAUUUUUGUUAUCGCAUAAAACGAUUUCUGUUGUUCUUUCUUACAACGAUUGUUUCUCAACACAACAAAAUAUUGCUGCUGAGUUGAACGAACAUUUGAUCUGAUCCGACUAAGGGGAAACUAGUUACAAGUUCAGGUUUCAGUCUCCACAACAUCGAACACAUAUGCUGAAUGCAAUCACUCUAAGGGCACGCUCGAAUUACAAUUCCAUCACUUGAACUUACGUAAGCUUUAAUAUGUGUACUAUUACUAGUGUUCGAAUUUAUUUUUUUUGUUCUAGUAUUUUAGUUAUACACAAAGAAACAGUAUAGAAAUUUAUAUUUUGGUUUCUGUACAUAAUUAUCGGGAGGCGUUGUUGUGUAUUACAUGGGGGAGAUUUCAACUGUAAGAAAUUAUACACUUCAAAACAUGAACAUUGAAAUUAAUAUUGUUGGAUGUAGAGUUUGGGGUGAGUAACUCUUAUUCGCAUGCAAACGAAAUUAUAUCCGCUUGGUCGCACAAAAAACUUCUCCAAAAAGAUAUAUAUUCAUCGUCGGAAUGAAGGAGUAAUCAGAAAUAAAAUGAUAAAAAGCUUUACCUAGUGAAAAAAAUUGGAACAAACAAGCGCUUUGGUUGUCAAUAUCAGUAGUUAUUUAUUCCAUGCUAGAUUAAAGAAGCAAUUUGCGACUGGCAAAUUACUCAAUGAGAAAAAAAACCGAAGAGUAUUUCAAAUAAUACAAUGAAAAAGUACCAUUUUUGUAUGCUUGGAACCUAUCAAAGCACUUUAUAUGUUAAUAUUCAUAAAGGAAGAUGUAUAUGUUCGUUAUUACAAACAGGUUGGGCCUGUUGAAUGAUAAUUAUCAACAAAACAAGAAAUUAGUAGAAAAAGUGUACUAAAUUAUCCCUGCAUGUGUUAUAGAUAUAGAUGUACUCAGACAGUGAGAGCA